UGAGAUAGCUACAUCUUCCAGUUAUCGCGAUUGUAAAUGAUACCUCCUUCAAACAUAACAUGUUAAUGGUUCUAAAGAGCGACGAAUGCGAGAUUCUGACACGGACGAAGGCAACAUCGCGGCCGUGAACAUAUCACGUCUCCAAGAAUAGCUACAGACUGCGGAAUCCUCAUUUGGUUCAACGAUUGUAAAUGACGGAACCGGGCGUAACGUAACUGUUCUCAUCCAUCCUCGACCUCGGCCGCGACACCCUCCCAAACAUGCAUCCGACCUUCACAGGAUCAGGCAGACGCCCACGUCAAGUCAACCUUUCCGGACGAAACACGAACCCGUUUGCCGCCACCCCAGGGUUUGGUGCGCCCGGAGGAAGUGCUCUUGCGAGUGCGGAACAAGCACGGAUACAACGACAGAGAGAAAGAGAUAGACAAAAUGCUGUAAGUCGGAUACAGCGGGUCUGGAGAGGACACACUAGUCGAAGGGCGGCGAAGGAAAGGUUGCGGGAGGAGUAUGACGGCACGAUUUGGACGAACGAUCCCGCAGAAUGGGAAUCGGUUACACUAUCACAGUUGAAUCGUCUGAUGCUGUUCUGGAACUGCUUUGAGACUGCCGAUAUCAGCCGGUUAAUACGAUUCAUGAGCGAAGGCCUUCAUGACUCUCACGACAAACCACUAACACGCCCUCUCAAAUUUGCGCUUUUUCGGCUGCAAAAGCUCAUUUUAGAUGGCCUAAUGCGCUUUGUUAAACGGCAGCGGUACCAUGAUAUGCACGUGCUGCUCUCCGCGGCAUCGACACUUGCGACGCGCAUUCCAGCGGAGAACGCAACGCUUGCGGAUGAGUACUAUAAGACAAUGGCCGCUGUGGAGGAGAUACUGGAUUCUGAAGAUUUACAAUCGCUGAGAGAAGGGCUGUUCUUCAACGCCGUUGCUUUGCCUCUGCGCCAAAUGAAUGCCCAGACUCUCGAAGUCUACGCGGCGUUUGCCUUGGAGUAUCUCUCUUCGACGAAAAUGACCGAAAAUCCGCAGUUGCGGGACUGGCUGAACCGAUUGUCAGGCUCCGUAAAUUACAAAUUGCUCGCGAGCGCGCUUUCAUCGACCGUCGAUGUCUCCGGGUGGACACGAUACCUCCAGCUCGCAGACAUUGAUCGCAGACUUAAUCUCCUCUCUCUGUUCAUAUACUUCCACCGCCAAACGCACGACUUCCGCAAUGCACAUGCAUACACAUCGAACGAGGACUUCGUGUCCGUAGUGUCUAAUCUAUUAUUAUCCGUUGCAGAUCAUCCUAUCUUGCUGGAGUUUAGGAGAUUUGCACAUGAAACGGAUCGAAGCCAGUCACCAAGUCCAGCUAAGGAGAAGAUUUCAUUCCAAUUCUACCGGGAUCAGGUGCUGUCCUUGGUUAACCAGGAGAGCAUAAGCGGCCUUCUGUCGAACACGUCGGCCUCAUUCGACGGGUCAAAAUUUAAGUCAGCCGCCGAUACCGUUGCGUCCAAUGCGCGAAGAUUUGCAGCGUUCGCCUUAGCACUCAUCCGUAUCUUUCCCAAACGAGCCGAUGAGAUCCGGAUGUGGCUAUAUCUUGGUUCCGGCUCCAUCGCCGCGGAUGAUGGCUCUAGGCGGGAUUUGCCAGCGAUCAAAUACUUCUGGAGCGCAACAAAACACACACAUAUCUUUAAACAGAUAUCGAAAGAACCACGGACUGCAAUUCCACUACUAAAAUCGCAGAGCACGCGGUUCGAGUCCCAGGAACAGAUAGAUCAGAGGCUUGCGGAUGAAUGGAGAGUUAUACUGAUCUUCAUGGAGCUCUACAUCUUCGUAUUGAAGAUCAUGGAUGAUGAAGAAUUCUUCUCCACAGGCUAUUCGGAACCAAAGUGGAGUAACAAGUCUUCCGGUCCCGGACGCGACAUGGCACUUGCGUUGGACGAAGUCAGAGACUUGACGAUUUUCCUCAAAAAUUUGGGGUUUGCUCUCAAUUUUUACGCCAAGGAUAUCGAAGAUGUUAUCGAGCACAACGAAGAUGAGCUGAACCUCGGACUUUUCUUUGGGAUUGGUUCUGCGCAACCGCCCGCGUCAUCGUCGAAAAGCACGGGACCAUCGAGUAAACGACCCGCUAGUGGAAUCAGUGACUUCAGUCUCGAGCAUAUCAGGGGCUUGGUAACGGCACUGUUGCGAAUGCUGUACGAACGGGAUUCGCGGCGAAACUUCCUCAAGAAAGGGCAUUGGCUCAUGACCUCUAAGUUCGAUAUGUCCGGAUUUAUCUCCUCGGUCGUCUUGGAAGAGGAAAACCGGCACCAGAUCGAAAGCGAUGACGAAGAUGACCUGCAAUUUGGUGAUGAUGAGAUACACGCCAAUCAUCUCAUUGGCACUGCCAGAACACAGCGGACAAUUCAGCAAGAAAGAUUGAAGAGACAGCAGCGGAAAGCUUCAAAGAGGAGAUACCUGCAAGCGGUCACGCCGCGACUAGAGAUCCUGCAAAAUAUGCCGUUCUUCACCCCCUUCACGACUCGUGUUCAGAUUUUCCGGGAAUUCGUGACUCUGGACAAGCAUAAGCGGCGGAACGGCUAUGUGGAUGCCGAAUCCUGGCGAAUGGCCGUAACGCAUGGGAUGUUCCGGGAUGAAACAAUAGAGCGACACCACGCUAGGAUCCGACGCGAGCACGAAUUUGAAGACGCGUACGACCAAUUUUACCCGCUCAAAGACGGCCUGAAAGAGCCGAUCCAAAUCACCUUUGUGGACCAAUUUGGGAGCGUGGAGGCAGGCAUCGAUGGUGGAGGUGUGACGAAGGAGUUCUUGACCAGCGUCACCAGUCAGGCAUUCCGCAACGAGGAGCGUCCACAUCUCUUCAUUGAGAACGACCAGCAUCUCCUCCACCCGAAUCCAGUAUCCCUUGAAGAACGUAAGGCACACCUCAGAGCGAUGGGUGUUCCGGAGGGCUCCUCGGACUAUCGUGCAGAGAUUUCAGAACUCCUGCAACAUUACGAGUUCUUGGGACGGAUUAUCGGCAAAUGCUUGUAUGAGGGCAUUCUCAUCGACGUCAACUUCGCUGGUUUCUUUUUGCUCAAAUGGGCUCUCACAGGCGGAUCGGGCUUGGCUCCUAAAGAGUCUGGAUAUCGUGCGAACUUGAACGACCUGCGUGAGCUGGAUGAGAGCCUUUACCAAGGCCUGCUACAGUUGAAAAAUUACCGAGGCAACGUCGAAGAAUUUUCUCUCAACUUUACCAUCACGGAUGAGAUCUCUGUCUCCGGCAAGGCCCAGGCCAUCGAACGCGAACUCAAGCCCGGUGGCAGCGAUAUUCCUGUCACCAACCAGAACAGAUUGGAGUAUAUCUCCUACGUCGCCCGACAUCGGUUGCAAGUCCAGCCAGGCCCACAAACCAAUGCCUUCCUCCGCGGCCUCAGCACCAUCAUUCAACCCUCUUGGCUCGGCAUGUUCAACCAAGCCGAACUGCAAACCCUUCUUGGAGGCACCAGUUCCUCGAUUGACAUCUCUGAUCUCCGCCGCAAUACCUUAUACGGAGGCGUCUACGUCAUUGGCGAUGAUGGACUGGAGCAUCCGACCGUGGAGCUCUUUUGGAAAGUCAUGCAAGACCUCUCCGACGGCGAACGACGCGCGGUGCUGAAAUUCGUGACGUCGACACCGAACGCGCCGUUGCUGGGUUUCGGCAGUUUGAACCCCCGGUUCAGCAUCCGAGACUCGGGCGAUGACCAGGAUCGGCUGCCAAGCACGAGUACGUGCGUGAACCUGCUCAAGCUGCCGCGGUAUGCGAGCGAGCAGACGAUGAAGGAGAAGGUGCUGUAUGCUGCAUUUUCGGGGGCUGGGUUUGAUCUUUCCUGAAGCGCUAACGCCGCUCUUUCGGUUGUAUAGGGAUGGAUAGACAGCAUCUAGUCCAGCGUUACUGAAAGCCAAUGUCUUAUGAUUCUAAUGGAUAUGAAAGUAGUAGAGCCCAGUUCGGUGGAUAACACGGUU